GAUCUGACAUGCUUCGGGGUCCCAGACGCCCGACCACACCCUUGAUUUUAUUUUAUUCUAUUUGUCCUGCAUUGACUUAAUUUCCAUGGCCCAGCCGCCACCUCUGCCUGGCCUCUCGAGACGUACCUACAUGACAAACAUUACGUGCCACAAUCAUUCACAUACAUACCUCCUCAGCUUACCUCCUUGGAUCUUCCGCCCAACCGUCUCGCGCAUAGUAUUCCCUUCACCCUCCGUCGCUCACCGUCUUGCCGACACUGCUACAUCGUAGGCAUCGCUGCGCCAUGGAUUGAAAGACGAUACCCCCCCCCCCCUUGUUGCCGUUGUUGUUUUCUCUUUCCCCCCUCCUCCCCUCGCGAGACCUUUCCCCCGAUCCUACGUGCAAGGUCCGCCCGCCGCCUGCAACGGUGACUGCUUGGCACGCCAGUCGGCUUGCUGGGGGGGUUACGACGUACCUGCAUUAGGGGUCUUGUGCUGGCGCGCGCGCACGCGUCCCCGUCCCCGUCCCCAUCCCCGUCCCCGUCCGUGUGUCUCACGGCCGCCGCUUCGAGCGAGAGAGGGGUCCCCGGUUCGCCAGCAGGUCGACCGAUCGUCAGCGCCCGGCCCCUCGAUGAAAAAGAUUUCCCAGAUCCUCACGGCGAGGAAGCGCCCGGACUCGGAGCUCGAGGGCGGUCGGAGCAGGAGCAGCAGUCGCAGUCGCAGCCGCAGCCAGACCAGGAGCCGGAGCCGGGGCGGUGGCAAGGACGCUGUGGGAGGAGGAGGAGGAGGAGGAGCGGGCGGCGUUGGUGGUGCUGGCGGCGGCGGCGGUUUCGAUGCAACAGAGGUGCAUCAGCUCCCGUCACGACGCGGUACGCCCGUCUCGCUGGCCAGGCAGAAGAGCGGCCUGCUGCUCGCGCCGGCACGCGCCAUGUCGACGGGGCGCAUCAUAGCCGAUGCCGACCAGCACACCGACGACCUCCUCGAUGGCAACCGUCUGAGCGAUGACCAUGUCGACGACGAUGAUAAUGACGACGACAACAGCAGCCGCCGCUGCAGCAUCUCGCGACCACGGCAUCAACGACGGGCUCGACAGCCGCCGCCAUACCGCGUCUGCCCCAUCUGCGCCGGCAUCAGCUUCCCCCAGCUUCUCGCCUGGCAGCCCGGCAGCCCGCGGCCGUGGAUCCCUCUCACCCACGUCCUCGUCCCGCCGCCGCCACUGCCGCCCUCGCCGCCCGCCUCCACCGACGGCCGUGGCGGCGGCGCCUCCUCCUCUGCCGGCCCCUCUGCCUCUCCCUCGCCCACCGCGCACGAGCCACCGCCGCCGCCGCCGCCCCACCCGCGAUGCCCUUACUGUGCCUUCUUCCAGGCCAUGUUGCUGCUCGACGCCGCCGGCGGCGGCACGUUCACUCCUUACCUGCGCAUCCGCCGCGCCUUUGAGCGUCUCGGCGGCGUCGGCGAGCGCCACCCCCUGGCCGGCGAGGUCCUGGGCGAGGUCAUGACGCGCAACAAGGCCUUGCCGUGGGGGUAUAUCAUCAGGGCCGCCGAGGACGAUGGUGACGUCGGCGACCAUGCCCAGCUAGAGCUCUAUACCUCCUCGGGACAUGACGGGCUUCCCCCGCGCAUACGCGGCCGCACCGUGACGCCCCUACUGGACCACAGGGUCCCCAAGUGCUGGCUGGACUACUGCAGAAGACAUCACGCUGACAAGCCGUGCUGCGAACCCAACGACGGACCACCCGUGCCGGGGCUGAGGCUUGUCGACUGCGAGGACAAGCGCGUUGUCUGCGUCGACGAUAUUGACGGUGAUGAGCCCGAAUAUCUUACCUUUAGCUAUGCAUCUGACGAGCCGGACGGCCCCAGUGUAUCGUCACCCGACCACUACCUGCCAGAGAAACUUCCGACCCUCUUUGACGAUGCAAUAACGUUAACCACUUCCCUCGGCUUCCGCUACCUAUGGAUCGAUAGGUUCUGCCUCCCCGAACCGGAGCUGCGCAAUCAGCGCAUCCUCCACCUCGAUCUCCUCGGCGACAUCUUCUCUCGCUCCUCUCUUACCCUCAUCGUCACAUCCGGUGACGAAUCUCACGAUGUCGACGCAGGCAUCCCCGGCGUCUCCAUCCCCCGUCCACAGCAGCUCUCCAUUCAGACCCCCGCCGGCAUCUUCACCACCACGCUCCUCCGCCCGGACAUCGAAAUCGCCACCUCGCCCUGGUCCGCCCGCGCGUGGACCUACGAGCAGGGCCUCUUCGCCCGGCGCCGCCUCGUCCUGACGCCGUCUCAGGCCUACUUUCAGUGCCGCGCGCUGCACUGCCACGAGAGCAUCGCCCUGCCGCUGCGCCUGGCGCCUGGCGUCAACCUCGGCCGCGUCUUCCCGCCGUACGCGGCCCCGCCGCGCCCCGCGCAGCUCCAGGACCAGAUCGGUGCGUACAUGGCCCUCGAGAUGCCACACAACAAGGACCGCCUCGAUGGCUUUAGGGCUGUGCUUCGCGAGUACGCGCGCCUGCUGGGUCUUGCCGUGGACAGCUUCUGCGCGCUGCCGCUCUUCCAUCCGGAUGCCUUUGUCAACGUCAACGUCGUGAGCCAGACGGACCGGCUCGCCAUCGGCCUUGGCUGGACGCCGGAGCGCGCCCUGACGCCCGCGCAGUCUCUCAUCGACGGCGACCUGCCUGAGCCGGGCUACGCCCUGGCCCACGACGCGGCCUUUCCGUCGUGGACGUGGCUGGCCUGGGCGCCGCGCGAGGAGGCCAGGCGGCGCUCUGCUGCUUCGGGGAGCACGGCAGCGGCAACGGCGGCGUCGGUGCAGUUGACCGCGUUCCACUUCAGCCUCCUCGGCGAGGCAUCCCCCAUAGUGGACGGCGCCUGCUCCGCGCCGGGCAUGGAAAUCUCUGUGGGGUUCACCGACGGCGCGGUGCUCUCGUGGGAAAUCGACGGCGACGCCAUCGGGAAAAGGGGGGAGAGCGCCGCGUUCCUCCGCGUGGGGACGUACUGCUUCGACAUGACGGUGCGGUGGCGCGACAGCAGCAACUCGUUUGUGCUGGACGACGGCGGCGACGACGAGACGGUGAGGCUUCCUGGGUCCAUCGCGGCGACCAUCUUAUCGUGGGUCCGCGCAUCGCCGCCCUUGCCGCCGCCGGCGCCGAGCUCCUCGCCCUCGUCCGCAUCGUCAUCCACCUUGCCGCCUUACAGUCCCACGCCCGCCGCCGACACCCACGCGCACGGCCACAACCACGCGCACGACCACGAGCAGCCUCAAGGCCACCACGCCCUCGUCGCCGUCCUCAUCUCCGGACGCAACUGGAAACUCCCCGUCUCCUCCACCGUCGCCGGUCCAAGCAGCGGCAGCGGCAGUGGCGGCGCCGCCACGCUCCUCGUAUGCCACCACCGCGACUGGGACCCCGCCGCGCCGCUCGUCCGCCUCGGCGCCGUGGGCCUCGCCUUUGGCGCCUUUGCCCCGGGCAGCAGCAGGCCUUCUCCUUCUUCCUCGUCUUCUUCCUCGCGCCACCACCCGCGCCGCCCCGCCGACGCGGUCCUCCGCGGCGUGCGUCCCGGGCAGUGGGGCCGGGCCACCAGCAGUAGUAGUAGUGUCCUCGACGACGGCGGCAAGUCCGCUGCGUCCGCUGGUGGGGGGAGCAGGAGGAGCAGCGGGACGGCUGCAACCACCGCCGCCGGCGCGGGUGGUGAGACAGGGGAGAUUGAGCUCUGGCGGCGCGAGCUGGACCUGUAUUAGACGGGGGAGAAAAGAGCCCCAAUGAUUGCAUGAAUAUUGGUGUUGCCUCGCAGGGAGGCCGCGCUUUGGCUUUCUUGUACCACCAGCUGAUAUACAAUGCACGACGAAAACUACAGACCAAUGAUACGACCGUUACACAGAGACAGAGCUAGUCACACGCGGAUUUGGCCUUGUACUAGCACGCGGGGGGCGCAUGUUUGCAGUAACUAGUAAUUUCGAAAUGUCAGACAAGCGAUUCGAGACA